UCUGCGGCCGCGCAGCGGAGCGGCGGCAACGCAAGCAGCGCCUGCUUGGUACAUAUAAAACAGACGAUCUUGGUAAAAUAUUCACAAUCAUUUUCAAGCUGUUCGUACGCGCGCUCGAGUCGAGAGGUGUCUGGAUUUUUUCAGUGUUUUUCGUAGCAACACAGAGCAAAGUGAAAGCAAAAGCCAUGUUCCGAUUUCGAGAACAGUUCGCAGUCGUCCUCUCCAUGGCGAUGCUGGCGCUGGCUCUGGCUCUGGCCAGUGCCGACUACCAGGGCAACAUGUUUCUCAACGGGCAGUACAAGAACGGCGCUAAGGAGCACCAGGAGACCCACUUCUCCGUGAACGCCGCAUCGAACGUCUUCCUGAAUCACGCUAUCAUCAGCCGCCAAGCCUCGCCCUUCCAGGGCCCCACAUACCUGCCGCCAAAGGAGUUCCUGAAGUGCGCCUCAGGCCAGCAAUGUGUGCGUCAGGGUCAAUGUCAAAACGGAUACUACACACAGCAACUGCCCAAGAUCCAGAACUGCGAGCCGGACUCGAACGUUUGCUGCACCUACCGCGCACCACCCACCACCACCACCACCACCACAACGACUACCACACCUCUGCCGUUCGCGACCUGUCCACGCGACUCGGAUUGUGUAGCACCAGAGGACUGCCGCAACGGGGAGAUCAGCUCCAUCAACUAUGUGAAGAAGCAAGGGCCCAACCGUUGCUACGCUCCCGAGGUGUGCUGCCGGAUGCCCUCUACAACGCUAACCGAAGACGGAUACAUAUUUAACCUGCCUGACAAGACGUUCCCGCUGCCCACCAAUCCCACGGUGCCCGCCGUCCGCACAACGCAGCCUGCCCUACGUCCACUGCCCACCACUCGUCCCACUAACGAGUACCUGCCACCACAGACGACUCGUCGGCCGGUGUACCAACAACCCCCCCAGACAACACAACGUCCCGUCUAUCAGCCGCCACCCACUACCAUCCGCCCGCAAACCCAGCCCACGCAGCCCGCUUACCGACCACAGCCGACACAGCCGCAAUCGACCCGUCGUCCCACCAACGAGUAUUUGCCUCCCGUAUCGGUGAAUGAGAUUCCUCACCGCGAGAUUCCACGUUACGAGCCGGACCGUGUUCCGGAACCAUCUAAUGAGAAGCCUGUGUACCGCGGCGAGGAUCAGCUUUCGCCGCAGAUCUUCCCAACGCCACAGACCGUAAAUGUACCAAAAUACUUUGCAAAGUGCGCCUCUGCCUUGGUCUGUACGGACGAAAACUACUGCAAUGCCAUCGGUGUGCUCUCCGAAACGCCCGUCGAGCUAUCUCCCAUGGAAGCGGCCUUCCGAGUGCCCCUCACCGACUGCUUGCAGGCCGAGAGUGGAGCAGCUGGAAAAUGUUGCCGCGAUCCGAACUACGUAGACCCGUGGCCAGUCAACUUGGCCGGCGUGUGCGCCACCAGAAAUAAGCGCACUAAGCCCACUGGCAUUAAGGACCUGGAUGCUAACUUUGCCGAGAUCCCAUGGCAGGCAAUGAUUCUGCGGGAGUCUAGCAAAACGCUGCUUUGUGGCGGUGCCAUCAUUGGGGACGAGUUCGUCCUGACCACCGCCAGCUGCGUCAACGGGCUGCCAGUUAACGACAUCCGCAUCAAGGCCGGAGAAUGGGAACUGGGAAGCACAAACGAGCCACUGCCCUUCCAGCUGACCGGGGCCAAGUCGAUUGACGUCCAUCCAUCAUAUGCCUCCUCGAGCACUGCUAACGACCUGGCCAUUAUUCGGCUGGAUAAACGCCUGGAGUUCGCCACCCAUAUCCAGCCAAUCUGCAUCAGCGACGCGGAUCCCCAGGCCUCGGAACAGUGCGUGACCUCCGGCUGGGGCAAGCAGGCAUUGUCAAUUCACGAGGAAGGCGCAAUCAUGCACGUUACUGACACAUCGUCGCAGGGACGCAGUGAGUGCGCAGCGGACGCCACCAGCGUAUGCAGCGCCACGAAGUUUGAUGCAUGCCAAUUCGAUCUGGGGAGCGCGCUCGCCUGCGGCAGCGGGUCGAGUAUCCGCCUCAAGGGCAUUUUCAGCGCCGAGAACUCCUGCGGGGACGGACAGACGGUGCGCUUUGCCAAGCCCGAUAUCAAGUGGAUUAACACGGCGUUUGCCGACAGGAACAAGCCGCUGCUCCUGAAACGUUUCUAAUCCGCGAAAAGACGCAUAGAUAACCGUUCUCCGAAGUGGAGUACAGUGAAGCAGUGAGCAAAGAGGAGAAUUGAAUACCUACAAUAGAACAGCUCCGACGGUUAAUAGUCUUUUGAUUUUAGUUGAACUAUCUCAAAUUUAGCCUACAUUGCACUACUGUUGUUCUAAGUCGCAACCUGCCACGCCCACAUUAUAGAUAUUUAUUCAAGACCAUAAAAUAACCCGAGUAGGACACCACAGUUCAUAUUUGUUGCAAUCACAACUAUCCGACCAUGUAGUUUCAAUUCAGUUCAGCAGUAGAAAAACUAUUGACGAGUUGUAAAAUAAUUAAUUGUAAGCGAUAGGUUGUUCACAUGAAUUUUUGAAUGGCCAAACUAAUUACUACCAGCUCCGCAAAC